AUGGCGCUCACGUCCCGCAUCUCCCUUGUCGGUCCGCCCGCCGAGUCACCCGAAGACUUCCUCAUGACCUCCCUCGGCGUCAUCUUUCCUGACGACGUGACGAAUCAGCACGGCGACGCUGACCACGGUAUCGAGUACGCUUCUCCGCAUCUUCGCAAGCCCCUGCUCUUCGAACUUGCUGAGCCCAGCGCCGAGGACGACCGCAAACUCUUCAGUCACUACCUCUGGAACGCCAGCCUACAGCUCGGCGAGUUCGUCGAGGCCGCCACCUUGAAGCUCAAUGGCGCCAUCACGUCCCCUCUGGGUCCGCCCAUAAGCCACUUCGACGUUCGUGGCAAGACCACCCUCGAGUUGGGUGCGGGUACGGCCUUGCCGAGCAUCAUGUCUGCCCUCCUCGGCGCCGACCGCGUCGCUGUGACGGACUAUCCAGCCCCCGCCGUUCUCAAGACCCUCCGCGCAAACGCUGCGCGCAACAUUGUCCCGGCUGUCUCCCCUAAGAACACCAUAGAGGCUCGUGAGGUGCUUGUCGAGGGUCACUCGUGGGGCGAGCUCGAAGACUCGUUCUCAGUCUCCAAUAGGCACGCUUUUGACCGGGUCUUCGUCGCCGACUGCCUGUGGAUGCCAUGGCAGCACACGAACCUGCACAAGUCGAUCGACUGGUUUCUCCGCAAUAAUAGCGAAGCUAGGUGCUGGGUCGUCGCCGGGUUCCAUACAGGUCGGCCCAAGAUGCGCGACUUCUUUGGGGAGGCGGCACUGGCUGAGGCCGGCCUUGAAAUCGAGACGAUUUGGGAACGAGACUGUGAUGGUCAGGAAAGGGAGUGGGCCUGGGACAGAGGCUUCGAGGACCCGACUAUCCGGAAGAGAUGGCUGGUCUGCGCCGUGCUGAAGCGCAAGACUGCUGCCGCCGGUGGUGAGGGUGAGGGUGGUGCUGCUGCUGCGUGA